ACUGCCUACACCGGCGGCGGCGUAAGUCUUAAGUGUCGCGUCAGUCUCUCACUCGGUCCGCGAACGUAAUGCCGGCACAUCGUCGUCUUCUCGUUCCGUCGCUCGCGUGAUCCCGCUAAAACAAUUACAUACCACAAACUCGUAUCACUAAUAUUAUUAUUUAAAAAUUUUUUUUCCGUUUCGUCGAAAACUCGCGGAUCGUACACCCGGCGUUCUACCAUCGUCUACUAUAAUACGACACCGGUUCUUUUUUUUUAUUUUCGUUCGGUUUUUUAAUUAAUUUUUUUCAAAAAUUUUUAAUUUUUUUUUCUAACGUUCACGCGCUCACCGCAGUAUUGGCGAAAAAUCGUGGAACACCACAGUAUAUUCUCGCCGUCGGCCGAUCACAAGUCUACUAUAUUAUAAUAAUUCAUCAGUCGAGUGAUCCGGUUGAUGCGCGAAGGAAGGGGACCGCCAAUCGGAGCCGGCUAUGUCAUCUGAGGAGGACGGCGGCAACCUCGGGACGACGGCGGUGGCGGGGGGAGCAGAGUGUUUCGUCGGCGGCGGCGGCAUCGGUGGUGGGGGUGAUCCGUUGGACGGCUCGGCCGACAAACUGUUGAAGAACAAGGCAAAGCGGAGCAGACAGCGCGUGGAUGCCGGCGAGCCACGUAACAGUUACUCGUCCAUUCCGAAUUUCAGUUCGCGACCGAUCGUGUCCUCGGCACCACUGCUCAAUCAGGCCGCCAGCUUCUACGGAGCAUUUUUUGGCCAAGGCCACCAACAGUACUUCUUCAACCAGGGCUUCGCGCCCGGUAAAAUGCUAAACGAGUUCAUCGGCCGUCAAGUCAAAGAAGAAAUGGUGACCAUGGACUCGUCCGACUGCCUUACACAGCCACUGCCCGGUCUACCCGGUUCGCCGGCCACCGGACCCAACAGCGAGCUGGCCCAUCACAUGCUUCGUGACAUACUACAGGGCAGAAAAAAGGAACUACUCGCCCUAGAACAGGAGUUCCGCAACUCCGACGACCCGUCGUCGCCGGACAACAGUAUCAUGAACAACAACAACAACAUAAACAGUAACAAAAACGACAUCAGCGGCGCGGACGACUGCACCGCCACCGCCGCCGCCAAAAAUUUGGCCGCCGCGGACAUCGUCGACAACUGCAGCGGCAAGCCGGUCGAUCCGGUCGAGGUAAGCUCAGUUAACAAUUUUAUUAAUAACAACAACAAUAACGCGGUGACCAACGAUCACGACGCGGACGACAUUAAUGACGGUACCGAUUCCGAGAGGUCACUGGGCUCGCCAGUGUCCGACACCAAAGAGAUCGCGGCCGAGGAACAAAAUAAAGAUUUCGAGGUGAAAGUCGAACAAAACGAGUUAAAAAAGGCUAGGGUCGAAAACAUCGUGUCUACGAUGAGGUCUAGCCCGUCGUUGCCGGUCCAGGUCAACGGCUGCAAGAAACGCAAGCUGUACCACCCUCAACAGCACGACAACAGCGAGCGGUAUAACACGAUGGACGUGGACGACGACGACAACGACGACGACGACGAAGAGCUGAGCCCCAACGAGCUCAGACAAAAAAUGGUCGAGAAAAACGUGCUGAAGGAUCAACUGCGUACCAUGCAGGAACAGUUGGCGGAAAUGCAACACAAGUACGUUCAGCUGUGCACCAGAAUGGACAACGACGACGAGCCCGAAGACGGUAGCGACGUCGAACAGGAACAAGUUGAAAUAUCGGCAGCGCGGCACAGCCCGCCGGCCGCACCGAAGUGUACUACGCCGCUUCCGAUGAUGCCCUCGUCGGCCCAGCAGAUCAACCCAAACUUUUCAAAAAUGGUCAAAUUUCUGCCACAAACGCACAUGCCCAUACACCCGUCGUUUAACGGGGCACUGACACUGCUCCAGCAGCAAGUACUCCAGGAACAACACAACACUCACAGCCAACACCACGCGAUCAACAACGCGGCGGCCAUGUACCUGCAGGGAGUCGGCCACAAACUGUUCAUGGAACAGGAAGCCAGGCUGGCCAAGGAAGCCGCUAUCGCUGCCGAACAGCAGCUACAUCAACAGCAGCAACAACAACAGCAACAGCUACAACAACAACAACAACAACACCAACAACAACAACAACAACAACUACAGCAACAGCAACAGCAGCAACAACAGCAACAACAGCAACACCAUCAUGCACAUCACGUCAACCAGAUGAACGUACCGCCGCCCAUGCACCCGCAAAAAGCCGCGUCGGCCGAAACCCCCGAAAAGAUCGCGGCGGUGCCCGGGUCCGGCCGUCAGCCAGCCACCGCACAACCGUUCCCGGACCUCGACCUGUUGGCGGACGCACUCAAGUCCGAAAUAUCCACCACGCUAACCGGACUCAUCGACACGAUAAUGGCCAAGUUCGCGCAACAGCAACAACAGCAGCAGCGCAAACCGUCCAAAACGGCGGACGCGGCGGACAUGCAACUGUCGUCUAAAGACAUUGACCGCAAGUCGCCCAGGACCAAAGUCAUCGACCGUGGUAGCCACGGGGCCGACCGCGGCUCCGGUUUGGUGAACGGCCUGUCGAAGAUGAUGAACGGCGUCGGCGGCGGCGGUUACGGAGCCGCGAGCCAGGUGCCGGUGACGGCCGGCGGUAACGGCGGUAGCAGUAACGGUCUGCUGCAGAUGCCCAGCAACGGACCAACCGAACUGAGAAACGGUCUGGUCAACACGACGUGUGGCGCCGGAGCCGGCCUUUACAACGGUGCGGACGCCGUCGCGGCUGCCGCGGCGCUCGGACACGUCCGAGGCGCUCAAAUGUUUGCGCCAAAACUACACGGCUCGGCCGGUCUGAGCAACGCGGCCGCGGCGGCCGCCCUGUACUCGUCCAUGAGCGGGCUCCCGUCACACCUGAACCCGUUCUGCAUGGAACGCGAACCGGCGCCCGAACAGAACGAGGCUCUCAGCCUGGUGGUGAUACCCAAAAAGAAACGGCAUAAGGUCACCGACACCCGGAUCACCCCGCGCGCCAUCAAUCGCAUACUCACUCAGGACUCGGUGAACAACAACAACAGCAGCAGCAACAACAACAACAACAACAGUGGCAACGGAAAUCCGAUGCAAUCGUUGGACGGCAGGGCGCAGCAACCGGUCGGCGGCACGCAGGCCAUGCAGCAGUCCGCCGUCAUGCAGCCCGCGGCUGGCGACUCGCCACCGCCGCCGUCCCAACAGCGGCCGUUCCACCAGCAGCAGCAGCAACAGCAGCAGCAACAGCAAUCGCCGUCGGUCACGCCGGUCGCUCCGCAGCCGCCACCUCCGCCGCCCUCGAUGCCCAUGUUGCCGGUGUCGCUGCCCACUUCGGUGGCCAUACCCAACCCCAGCCUGCACGAGUCACAGGUGUUCAGCCCGUACAGCCCGUUCUACACCAGCCAGCACCAGGGCGUACCGCACCACAUCCCGUCGUCCAGCCCGCCCGGCAUGUCUGACUCACCGCCGCCGCCGCCACCACAGCACCACCACGGAUCGCUGCUCCACCCCGCCCUGCUGGCCGCCGCGCAGCACCACAACUCGUCGCCGGACCUGAUGAGCAUGAAGGCCCGGAUGGACAUGUCCAUGGGCAACGGCGGCAACGACAGCGUCGAUCGCAUUUCCGAGUGCAAUUCCGGGGACGGACCAUACGACGGCAUGUCGCCUAUAUCGUCAACCCUGACUCCAAUGCACUUGCGAAAAGCCAAGCUGAUGUUCUUCUGGGUCCGGUACCCCAGCUCGGCCAUCCUAAAGAUGUACUUCCCCGACAUCAAGUUCAACAAGAACAACACCGCACAACUAGUCAAAUGGUUCUCAAACUUCAGAGAGUUCUAUUACAUUCAGAUGGAAAAAUACGCACGGCAAGCCGUCAGCGAGGGUUUGCAGAGAUCCGAAGACAUACACGUCAACAAGGACAGCGAGAUCUACAGGGUCCUCAACCUGCACUACAACCGCAACAAUCACAUUGAGGCACCUAGCAAUUUUGAGUAUGUGGUCCAGCAGACCUUACGCGAAUUUUUCGUUGCUAUUCAAAACGGAAAGGAUACGGAACAAUCGUGGAAAAAGUCUAUAUACAAGGUCAUCUCUCGUAUGGACGACACGGUACCAGAGUACUUCAGGUCUCCGAACUUCCUCGAACAGCUCGAAUAAACGAUAUAUAAUUAUGUACAAAUUAUAUAUAUAUAUAUAUGUAAGCAUUAUAUAUAUAUAUAUAUAUAUAAUAUACAUUAUAUAUUUAUAUACACGCAUUCGACUCGCGUCUGUAAACUGUGCUUUUUUUAAAAAAAAUUUAAUAAUUAUUAUCGUUUUCAUUAAAAAAAACGAAAGCUCAAAACAAUGAGUUUUUGUGAUGGGUUAUAUUAUAUUCUAUUUAUGCAUUGUUGUGUACAGUCAUUUUGAAAACAAAUUUUAUAACAUUCAUUAUGUUUUACUUUUUGGUUUCCAAAUAUUUUUAUAAAACAUUAAGGGCGGUCUCUUUGUACAAAGGAAAAAUUAAUAUUAUGUUGUACAAAAAAUUUAAAUUUAUCUUUACUUAUUUUAUUUUUAUAUAAUUAUAUAUAUAUUUUAAAAAGAAAAAAUUAUAAUCACUUAUAUAUUGAAAUUAUAUAUAUAUGUAUAUGGAAUAGUCUAAAUGUAUAUAGGGAACAAGAGACCCACCAAUUUUUAUUUAUAAAAAAAAAUAACCAAUAUUACGAUGUAUAGUAGAGAUAUUAUUGCCCCAACUAUGGGUCGGUUAAUGUACACAACAUAUUAUUUAUAUAUAUUAAUUGAUUGUUAAAAACUACAUUUUAUUCACACGGGGUACCCAUUUUAUUAUUAUUAUUAUUAUUAUUAUUAUUAUUAUUAUUAUCAUUAUUGUCAUUAUGAUUAUUAUGUACCUAUUAUUAUUUUUAAUUUUACAUCAAUGUUUAGGUUAGGUUAUAUUGUUAUUUCACAAUUUUAUAGCACUUGAUAACAAACUAAAAAAAAUUUUAAACAAAAUUAAUCCGCCCGCGACGGCGUUCAAAUACUCCCUCCCCCUCCCCCCACUCACGUGAUCUCACAUUAUUCCAAUUAUUAAUUAUCUAGCGUAAUUUUUAUUUUUUAGUUUAUUUUAUUUUAUUUUAUUUAUUUUAUUUUUAUUAUUAUUUUUUUUUUUUUUUUUGGUGUGGUGAGUUUCUCCUAGUCAAAUAAAUUAAAAAAUUAAAGGAUCAUAUAUAUUAUUAAUAAUAGUUCUUACAAUAUUAUAAUUUCGUCGUUAUUA